GGACAGCGUAACGACGACGGGAACUACCAUAGCAAAAGCAAGAAGAACGGGGGGGCGGUGAGGGGGGGAGGAAAGUGUGCGCAGAAAACCCAACUUAUCGCUUUUGUCUCCGCGCAUUGACCUGUCUCCUUAUUGAUUUACCCCUCGCCCGUUACAUCAUCCCUGUUUUGUAGCCCCCACAAGGUUGACUAUUUAACGCUGCGCAUUUUUUGUUUUGCUGUAUUUUUUUUGGUCUUUAUCGAUUUAUGAACAGUCAACUGUCGUUUUGUAGUUUUGAUACGCCUUCACCAUGCCUGGUCUGACGCCAAAGCCGGCCUCGACACCACACACGACUGACAUGUCUUUGUCAUGUUGCCCAUCACGGAAACCACAAGGUCUCGGAAUCCUGCUUGACCCACAACUGCCAUCGGAGAAGCCAACCAUUUUGGAACCCAUCGCAAAUCCGCACCGCCCACCUCACAAAAUAUCGCCUACAGAUACCGACGACGACUCGGAAGAGUUUUUAAAUGGGACUUCUUGGGAGCAUAUAUACGAGCGACAUCGAAUGUACUUUGCGUAUUUGCACAAGACACUGCAUGCACUGAAACAUGAGCUUGGUAAUGGCAGAGAGGUUGAAGCCGGCGAAGCAAGUGGAGAGCGGAAUAGCGAUAGGCACAAAGAAGACGAAAAUGACAUGCCAGCGUCGGUGUUUGUGCUUCCCUACGACCUGGACACGGACGCUGACGAGAUGACUUCAAGUAAUGGGGUAGCACUGGGAGAGACAUUUAUCAAAGUGACGGUGCCUCCAGAAACAGUCCUGACAGCGACAGAUGUUAAGUGAUGACACAACAAAGCAAAGAACAGUUGCAGGCAGAUUCACCCACGCAUACCGCCGAUCAAGAUGGCGAACAGAACGCAGUCAUUAGCGUAUUGGUUCCCUCAGACACUGUUGUGACUUUAAAGGAAAGCCUUCCAGUGACAACCUCCACACCAGCUCUUGACGAUCGCCCAAGCGUGUCCCUGGCACCACCUUCAGAAGUCACAGAACCUAGUACGCUUCUUCAUAUACCCGUUUCACCAGCCGCAGAAGGUGUCGUCGAUGCAACAUGCGCGUCCACAACUAUUACACCGACAUCAAAGCUCAAACCUGCUAUCCGAUCACGAUCCCCGUCCUCAAAAUCCGUUCGCUUCAAUGCCACUGCCUUCAAGCAUAUCCUUGUUUUCCCCCGCGGAACAAUACCGAUAGCACUGUUGACUUGUCCGCAAUUUACCCUGCAAGAUUACGCUUCGAUCGAUCACCUCGGAUCGGGGACUCCACCGUUGGUCGUACGUCCGGCAAACUUUACAUUCGAUGAGCUCUCGCGCCUUGAUUCCUCGCGGCCUGUCCGUGUCGAGACUGUCAUGCUCACAUUAAAGGAGAGCACAAAGACACCAGUCUUGAUUGUCCGCAUACGAGUUGCGAAUUGGGGCAACCCGAAAGAAGUUGUCAUUCGAUAUUCAAACGAUUCCUGGACAACGUAUACUGAAACACGAGCCGAGAGUGCCAAGUGGGCAGGGUUUGUCGAGGGGUGCGAUAAGAGUGAGGAACGAUUUUCGGUUGAGAUCCCCAACAUGACGCCGGGAACGACGGUUUUCGCCGUUCGAUACAGUAUCAAUGGUCGCGAAUGGUGGGAUAAUAACAUGGGCAGCGACUAUAAAGUCGACCUUGCAAUGCUCCCUAAUACCACAACAAAACAAAGCUCAUCUGUGUCCCAACCAAAAUGGCCAUCCAUGUCCAUCUGGACGUCAGAAUAUCCACCUAAUGUAUUCAAGUGCGCCCCAAAUCCCGUUGUUGAACCGGUCGUACCAGAUUCUCCUCCGCUACCAAAUCCCGGACGUCGACAUCGACCGUAUUCAUUUUGGACUAAUGGGGAUUGGACGCGAGAUGCAAAAUCUGGGCGUCUUGGAUGUGGCUCGCUGCCUACAUCUGAAAGAAGUGUAAAAUUACAAUCGGGGCAUUCAUUGUCACUUUCAAGACCUUUAUAUGCAGACAGUAAUGGGAUAUAGGACACACAUUGGAGGGUUAUUGUAGAGUGUGCUUUGCUGAUCUGAUCCACUCGGUCAUUGAAUAGAAUGCAUUUGAACCGUUGA